UCGUGUCCAUCCCUUUCGAACGCGAAGGGAUUCUGUUUUCCCCCCCACGAUGCCUUAAUAAAAACGGAGUGGAAAAUAAUAAGUUACGAAUUAAAUUCUCUUUAUUUUAUCGGAGCAGUUUUUCGUUCACCGAUGGGAUUUCUAGUCGAUGUUUUGUAGUGAUUUCCGAAGAGCGUCUUCGGCUGUGAGGCAGCGAUGAUAUCUAUUGCUGCGUUGAUCGCAGCUUCGUUGCUAUGGUUACGCUGCAGUGCCCAAGAAACCCCCAAUGGACACAUCAUAUCUACGAGAAUGGUUGAAAGCCGGGAGCGGUGCAGUACGGACGAGGACUGCGGUGACGCAGUCAUACUCGCGUGCGACCUAGAAACCCAAUACUGCAAAUGCCGGGAAGAAAACUCCGUACUUUCUGCCUCCGGUGGAUGCCUUCCAGCGAAGCAGCUUGGAGAAGAGUGCAUGGAGGAUGCGCAGUGCCAGCUUUUCGAAAGAAAUGCCACCUGCGAAGAGAAAUUCUGUGCAUGUGAUACAGGUUUUUAUAUGCUACAUGACAACAACGGUACAUUGUGCAACCCUGAUAAGAAUGCUGGUGAUGCCGGUGAGACAACUCGCGCCCAUGUGGACCAAAAUAUGAUCAUCGUCAUCGCUGUCCUAGCCAUCAUGUUCGUCGGAAUCUGCGUGGCGCUUCACCUAUUUAGCAAGGCCCGUUUCGGGAACAGAAGGACCAUCUUCAACUCGCCGCAUCCGCGCCUCAUGCACAUCAAGCUAGGAAAACGGAAGAAGUCUAGCGUCCGGCACCAAUGCCUCUUCCCCCCGCCCGGACAUCAGGUGUCCAGGCACCACAGCUUCUCCGGAUAUCAGUCACCCUUCCCAGUUAGAGCAGUGCCGAAGACACGUAGUCAUGAGUGUUUGCGUUCGGCUGUAAGUAGGGGCUCUUCUCCUCAGUUUGAGCGCCGCCCCAAGACCGCCCCUCUUGCCGAGAGAGAGUCCCUGCCUUCCAACGAGGAUCUCGAGAAAAAGACUCCCGAGGCCUUGCAGAAUGGCUUACCUCGUUUCUUGAGUGAGGAAGAGUCCCAGCCGAAAGCCCCCGGAUCGCCGACCGUCAUCAUCACAGACGCGGACGGGGCGCACACGGUCGUCGCUAGUCCCCCGAGUCCAGGAUCGUCGUCGGCCGUCAACGUCUGAAGACGUCUAGGGCCUGUUCGCAUAUCGGCCGUCCGUUCUGUCCAUCACGUUUCUUUCCUCCCGAAACAGGUUUUCUUUGCUGGUUGCCAUGACAGCAAGCCGUCUUGGACGGGACCGGUUUCGAUCAGAGGAACCUUGAUAUCUGACGGGCGUCAAAAGUAGGACAGCAUUUCAUUGGUUCCCGCCAAGCAGCGCGCUCUUUUCUCUGGUGGGUGAGUUCAGCCACGUGAUUGAUGUGCGGUUACCGUAUGUGAAUGCUACUCUGUUUUCGUCGGCAGUCCGUCACGUCAAAAAGCGGGAUGGACGGAACGGAUGGCCGAUAAGUGAACUGCCCUUAGUGGACUGAACUUUGGCGGGCUCGUGCUUUCUGCUCACUUCCCACUAUGAUGACAGUGAUUGUUUUGGCUUGACUACCGAGGGUGCAGUUUUUUUUUCAUAAGCGUGUUUCCCGCUCAAUUUUACAGGUGCCAUUCCUUCCGGAGGUGAAAAGUUGAAUGUUUUGAUGUGUCAAAGUAUCUAUAUUUAUGGUGAUCUUUUUUGACAUUCCGCCGUAUUAUUAUGGCAUAUUCUUCAUUUUCAAUGGAUUUGGCAACUUGUUCACGAGAGCGUAGAACAUGUUCCUGAUAAAAAUACUAACCUAAGCGUUAACAAUUUUUUCUAAAACACUUCUCAAAAGAAUGUAUCAAAAGUUUUUAUUUUAAACAACUUUUACUUUAGCAACAUUCAUUUUUAACUGGUUGUGAGACUUAAGUUUUUAUCAAAGCUAACCACACAUUUUGUGAUGUCUGAUAUAUAAAUAUUCUGGUCGUAAGUGUUGCUAACCACACAGUUAGCUGAUAAAUUGUUCACUAGAUGCAGAAAAAUAUUUUAAAAAUUUGUUCUACUAAAUACAAACUAAACAAGCUUUGAAAAUGUCGGUGGUUUUUCAAUUUUUAAUUUAAACCCUGCCCCUCUAGGAGUUAUCUUAAAGCGCUCGUAAAAUUCGUAAAACGCAUUGAUUUCAUAAUAUUUGCAUCAAGGUUUUCUUUUGAAAAUCUUCUUGAAGUUUUUUUUACACUGAACUCUGCAGAGCUUCAGACAGAAAUUGAAUGACGAGCUGUUUCCCAGUGUUAAGCAAUCUCGGUGAUAAUGACAGCAUUCCAAAAUAAAUCCAACAUAGGUAUAAAAAGAUUACUACUUCCAAAGAUAGCUUAAUAAUUAACGGUAAUGACAUAGAACAUGUGCUGUGAACUGAUAUAUAUAUAUAUAUAAAUUCAGAAAGAGGGCUUAUCAGUUUCGUAAUUGGUUUUAUUCUUUAAUAACGAUCAUUGUCGUUGUGAAAAAAAUCAGUAGAGCUCAAAUGUCAUUUUUUAAUCUCGGUUUAUAAGUUAACAACAAUUUUUUUUUUAAAUUGGCCAUCAUUCUAAGACCUAUUAAAAUCUUCGCAAAUUCGACCUUUUCACUAAUUCAAUUAACUAAUGUGAGAAAAUCUUGCAAGAAUAAUGACUUUAAAAAAAAAUAUUGCUAUUUUGUUGUAAAAUUCAUUAAACAGAAAAAUAUUUUCAAAACAAUCAAUUCAUAUAUUUUUUUCUUUUAUUAUGUUAUGCCAUUUUUAUUUUGAGUUUGUUGUCACUAAUCUUAGCACAUUUUAUAUCCUAAAGUUAUGAUAGUAAAGGUUGGACUUUUCUUUUUUCGAAAGGAAUAGCACUUGUGAUUAUUUUGCAUGUUUGUAUUUCUUUCAGGAUGUCUGAACAAUUGUAACAAUUACAAAUAUAGGAAUGGUGAAUUAUUGGAAUAUGUUUAAGACUUCAAUUCAUACAUGACUUUAGCCGGAAAAUUUCACCCUCACAAAUAUUUUGUACAAUUCCUACCAAGACGAGUAAUAUGAAAAGUAUCCAUUUUGUAGAUGAACUGCCUCGAGUAAGAUUUAGAGUGAAAGAGAAUUUUACUGCGAAAGUAACGUCAACAUGAAUCGCAGUAGUUUCGAGAAUCAUAUUUGCAAUGGUUCAGUUUUGUUUCACUGAAAUGCUUUCUUUCAGACACUUCGCCAAGUACUCAGCUGCAAAGUUUUGUUGAAAUGUUUUCUACCGAUUAUUUAAACCUUUAUCACAUUUAUCACAGUAAAGUAAAGUUUUCGAACCUUUCUUCAAACCUCGGAAACAUACACGAUCGUGAAAAGAGUAGUCCGCCAUAGCUCAAGCAUUGCACUGUAAUAAUUAAAUGGGGUUAUUAGUCAUAAUGUGUUUCCAUGCGAUGUACGAGUGAAAAUCCUGUAUUAAGACGCUUAAAAAAGUAGAUUUACUUCCAAAGAUGCGCUGGUCGUAAAUGUUAUGAAUGAAAAGGAAUUAAAGGAAUGAGAUAAAAUAGUUUUAAAUGCAGAGUUGGCAUAAAAGAGUAUACCGGUUUUCAAAAUUUAUAUUUCAUAAACUACACUUACCACUAUAAAUGAUACAUAACAAUAAAGCUAAACUGCCCAAGUUUUUUUGAACUUACGUAACUACUUAAAACGUGCACGUGCACUAGUGUAGCCAAACAUUCCUCCCGGAAGGGGUUUUUUGGUCACAACAAUCCUUACACGCGUGUUAACUACUGUAUUAGGAUUGGCAAAAAUGUUAAAACCAAGACCUGUGGAGGGAUGCUUUUCUCCCCCCCCCCCACUUCGUUACGCCACUGACGUUCCGCGACGCUGGAUUGGGCGUGCAGGUGAUGAUGAUUUACCUUUUAUGCGUUUUACAGACAGAUCCCCUUUAUUUUUAUGUAUCAUUUUUGGUGCUAUGUGUAACAGUUUAUGAAAUAUAAAUUUUUAAAAACGGGAUAUUAUUUUAUGCUAACUUUGUAUUCUGAAUGAAGGAGAAUUAGUAAAAUAUGCACUGCAGUGCUGGCCAAAUUAUUAGACUAAGACUGUUUUAAAAGCAAAUUCUUUAUUGAUUACAUAACUGUAGACACAUUAACGAACAGUGAAAUAAUUAUCUAAUAUUUAGUAUGCAUUCUGUUGUUCUUGAUGAGCAUUUAAGUCUUUUUGGCAUACUUUUCACAAGGUAUACACCAUUUCUUAACUUUUUAAAGAAGGAGGUAAAAAAUAGUUUAUUCUCCUAUUAUAUAUACUCACAUACACAUACUCACUAAUUACCUAAAACUAACUUUAAAUAUAACAGAACACACUAAUAAAAAUAACUAGUGAACUGUUUAAGCUGAUCGAGGUUAUGUUCCUGGUAGGUAGAUAAACAAAGAACAUAAACAAAGCAGAAAGUGCUGCCACCUGCAAACAUUAAAUUACGCUAAAAUAACGUAAUAAUCAGUGUACAGUAUGUACUGUACUUUAACAGUAAAAAUAGUAUUUUAGUACGAAUAGUGUACAAAAAACAAACAAAAAAAAAACUUUUUAGUCCAAUAAUUUGGCAGGCACUGUAGUCAUAAACAUUCCGGGGGAAAAAGAAGAAUUCAGUGAGAAAAUGUGCGCUAGUGGUAAACAUUAUAAAGGAAAAAAUAAUUUGGGAAAAGGUACGCUAGUCGUAUAUAUAUAUUUAAAGGGGAGAGAAGGGUAUGGAUGAACAUUAAUCGUCAUUUCUACAAUUGAAACAGAAUUAGUGGAGAGACGCGUUGUCGUAAAUAUUAUGGGAAAAAGAGGACUUUUUAAAAUGACGCACCAAUCGCCACUACUAUGAUUGAAAUGGAAUUAGUGAAAAGAGAGAGAGAGAGAU